CAGAAACACAGCACAUAGUUAAAAGUGAUAGGUUUCUGAUUAAACCGAACAUUGAAAAUUUCUCAUUAGCAUUAAUCUCAUUUUCUUGCUACGUUUAUACUCUCUUCCAAGGAGCUAACACUUCUUUAAUCUCCUGGAUUCAUUGGAAUAAUGGAUGCAAAAACUAAGAGGAGAAAUGUAGCUGAGAAUGGAGAUACAGGAGAGGACUUGGUCCUUGCAACUUUAAUUGGUAAUGGGGAUGAUUUGGGACCUAUUGUCAGACAUGCAUUUGAAACGGAACGGCCUGAAGUACUUCUUCAACAACUCAAAAGUGUUGUCAAGAAGAAGGAAUCUGAAAUUGAGGAGCUUUGUAAGACCCACUAUGAGGAGUUCAUUCUUGCAGUUGAUGAGCUUCGAGGUGUUUUAGUUGAUGCUGAAGAGCUGAAAAGUGAUCUCUCAAGUGAUAAUUAUAGGUUGCAAGAGGUUGGGAGUGCCCUAUUGAUCAAACUUGAGGAGCUUCUAGAAUCUUAUUCAAUUAAAAGAAAUGUGACUGGGGCUGUUAAAAUGACAAAGAUUUGUGUACAAGUGUUGGAUCUUUGUGCGAAGUGUAACAAUUACAUUUCUGAAGGGCAGUUUUAUCCUGCUUUGAAAACUGUUGAUCUGAUUGAGAAGAAUUACUUGCAGAAUAUCCCUGUUAUGGCACUCAAAAUGGUGAUAGAGAAGACAAUUCCGAUAAUAAAGUUGCAUAUUGAGAAGAAAGUUACAAGUCAGUUUAAUGAAUGGUUAGUUCACAUUAGGAGUUCUGCGAAGGAUAUUGGACAAACAGCAAUAGGUCGCACUGCAUCAGCUCGUCAAAGAGAUGAGGAAAUGCUGGAUCGCCAGAGGAAGGCCGAGGAACAAAAUCUUUCAGGGUUUGGAGAUUUUACAUUUACUUUAGAGGUCGAGGAGAUUGAUGAAGAUUCCAUUUUGAAGUUUGAUCUCACACCACUUUAUCGGGCAUAUCACAUCCACGCUUGCCUCAACCUCCCAGAGCAGUUCCGUAAAUAUUAUUAUAGGAAUCGUUUAUUGCAGCUCACUUCAGAUUUGCAAAUCUCUUCAGUACAGCCAUUUGUUGAAUCAUAUCAAACCUUUUUGGCUCAAAUUGCUGGGUACUUUAUUGUGGAGGAUCGAGUCCUAAGGACUGCUGGUGGGCUCUUGUUACCUGAUCAGGUUGAGACAAUGUGGGAUACAGCUGUAACUAAGAUGACAUCAGUGUUGGAUGAACAGUUUUCUCAUAUGGAUUCUGUAACACAUCUUCUCCUAGUGAAGGAUUAUGUCACUCUUCUUGGUGCAACUCUUAAACAGUAUGGUUACCAAGUGGGCGCUGUUCUUGAGGUGCUGGACAAGAGCCGUGACAAAUACCAUGAACUUCUUCUUGAAGAGUGCCGGCUGCAAAUUACUAACGCUCUCUCCAAUGAUACUUAUGAGCAGAUGGUAAUGAAAAAGGAUACUGAUUAUGAGAAUAAUGUUCUGUUGUUUCAUCUCCAGACCUCAGAUAUAAUGCCAGCUUUCCCAUAUAUUGCACCAUUCUCCUCAAUGGUGCCUGAUGCCUGCCGCAUUGUCAGAUCAUUCAUCAAAGGCUCUGUUGAUUAUUUGUCUUAUGGAACACAUACUAAUUAUUAUGAUGUCUUGAGAAAGUAUUUGGACAAACUCUUGAUUGAUGUGUUAAACGAAGUCAUGCUUAAUACAAUUUAUGGUGGUGCAAUUGGUGUAUCUCAAGCCAUGCAGAUUGCAGCAAACAUAGCUUUUCUUGAAAGAGCUUGUGAUUUUUUUGUCCGACAUGCAGCCCAACUAUGUGGGAUCCCAGUCCGAUCAGUUGAAAGGCCUCAAGCUACUUUGACGGCCAAGGUAGUCUUGAAGACUUCUAGAGAUGCGGCAUAUAUUGCUCUACUGAGUUUGGUGAACACCAAGCUAGACGAGUUUAUGGAACUUACACAAAAUAUCAAUUGGACUCCAGAGGAGACGUCCGCGAGUGGGAAUGAGUAUAUGAAUGAGGUAAUAUUUUACCUUGACACAAUUCUGUCAACAGCUCAGCAAAUUUUGCCUUUGGAUGCUUUGUAUAAGGUUGGGAGUGGGGCACUUGAGCAUAUUUCCAAUUCUAUUGUGGCAGCAUUUCUUUGUGACAAUGUCAAGAGGUUUAAUGCUAAUGCUGUCAUGGCUGUCAACAAUGACUUAAAGAUGCUAGAGAAUUUUGCUGAUGAGAGGUUUCAUAACACUGGUUUGAGUGAGAUGUAUAAGGAAAGUUUCGGAAGAUGUUUGAUAGAAGCACGACAAUUGAUAAACCUUUUGUUGAGCAGUCAGCCAGAGAAUUUCAUGAAUCCUGUGAUAAGGGAGAAGAACUACAAUGCUUUGGAUUAUAAGAAAGUGGCGAGCAUCUGUGAAAAGUUCAAAGAUUCGCCAGAUGGGAUUUUUGGAAGUCUGUCAAGCAGACAUGUGAAGCAAAGUUCUCGGAAGAAAUCUAUGGACAUGCUGAAGAAAAGAUUGAAGGACUUCAACUGAGCAUGAUUGCUAAGUCUGC